GCUGACAAUCUCGCAGUAGAUCAACGUCUUGAGAGAACUCCAGCGUACCAGACGAGAGAAGGCGUCUCGCAACCAUUCCGCAUUUGAAAAGAUACAUGUGAUGGGCUUUCAGUCAGCAACAGAAUCGCAACACGACCGAAAUUUUGGUGAACAGUGGCUAUUUCGAAAGCCUCCACAAUCGCCAAAAUUGUUCGCCACCACAACGAACAACCGCUUGGAGACAGGUACAGUGAUGGCCGAAAUCAACGACCCGACCUUCUGCAUCCAAACAUUGUUCAUCCCUUGGAGAUGUAAGCUCGAUGUGCCACCUUCAUUGCACAAUUACCGGUUGGGUUUGGAAGCCUCACGAGCGAUUCAAUGA